GCCGAGCCGAGCCGAGCCGAGCCGCCGAGGGAUGAUGGAGAGCGGGCGGCCCGGGCUGCAGGGGCGCCGGCGAGAGGCGUAGGCGGGCGCGGGGGAGCGGGAGCAUUCGCGGUAGGAUGAGGCUCCCGGCGGGCGCGCGGUAGUACUAUGAUUUGGUAUGUGGCCACUUUGCUAGCAAGUGUGAUCGGCACCCGAGGUCUCGCGGCUCAAGGUGCCCACAACCUGCGUGAGGAGCCAGAGUUUGUGACUGCCCGUGCUGGUGAGGCUGUGGUUCUGCGAUGCGACGUCAUCCACCCGGUGACGGGCCAGCCACCGCCCUAUGUUGUGGAGUGGUUCAAGUUCGGGGUGCCUAUUCCCAUCUUCAUCAAGUUCGGCUACUAUCCUCCCCACGUGGACCCUGAGUAUGCAGGGCGGGCGAGUCUUCACGACAAGGCAUCUCUGCGGCUGGAGCAGGUGCGCUCUGAAGACCAGGGCUGGUAUGAGUGCAAAGUUCUCAUGCUGGACCAGCAAUAUGACACCUUCCACAACGGCAGCUGGGUGCACCUCACCAUCAACGCUCCCCCCACCUUCACAGAGACGCCCCCCCAGUACAUCGAGGCCAAGGAGGGCGGCAGGGUCACCAUGACCUGCUCUGCCUUUGGGAACCCCAAGCCCAUCGUGACCUGGCUCAAGGAAGGGACACUGCUGGGAGCAAACGCGAAAUACCAGGUGAGUGAUGGCAGCCUGACAGUGACAGCAGUGAGUCGGGAGGACAGAGGCGCCUAUACUUGCCGUGCAUACAGCAUCCAGGGUGAGGCUGUCCACACCACCCACCUGCUGGUCCAGGGUCCCCCCUUCAUCGUGUCCCCCCCAGAGAACAUCACUGUCAACAUCUCCCAGGAUGCUCUAUUUACUUGCCGGGCAGAAGCCUAUCCUGGGAACCUUACCUACACAUGGUACUGGCAGGACGAGAAUGUCUACUUUCAGAAUGACCUGAAGUUGAGAGUGCGGAUCCUCAUCGAUGGGACCCUCAUCAUCUUCCGGGUGAAGCCCGAGGAUGCUGGCCGGUACACCUGUGUCCCCAGCAACAGCCUGGGCCGCUCACCCUCAGCAUCGGCCUACCUCACAGUGCAGUACCCCGCCCGCGUUCUCAACAUGCCGCCUGUCAUCUACGUGCCAGUGGGCAUUCAUGGCUACAUCCGCUGCCCCGUGGAUGCUGAGCCGCCAGCCACAGUGGUCAAGUGGAACAAGGACGGGCGGCCCUUGCAGGUCGAGAAGAAUCUGGGCUGGACUCUCUUGGAGGAUGGCUCCAUCCGCAUCGAGGAGGCCACAGAGGAGGCCCUGGGCACGUAUACCUGUGUGCCUUACAACACGCUUGGGACCAUGGGCCAGUCGGCCCCGGCGCGGCUUGUGCUGAAGGAUCCCCCCUACUUCACGGUGCUGCCGGGCUGGGAGUAUAGGCAAGAGGCUGGCCGAGAGCUGCUCAUUCCCUGUGCUGCUGCUGGCGACCCCUUCCCAGUCAUCGCCUGGAGGAAGGUAGGGAAGCCCAGUAGGAGCAAGCACAGUGCCCUGCCCAGCGGGAGCCUCCAGUUCCGUGCAUUGAGCAAGGAGGACCAUGGCGAGUGGGAGUGUGUUGCCACCAACGUGGUCGCCAGCAUCACUGCCAGCACCCACCUGACCGUCAUCGGCACCAGCCCCCAUGCCCCGGGCAGCAUCCGCGUGCAGGUGUCCAUGAGAGGUGCCAACGUGUCUUGGGAGGCGGGCUACGAUGGAGGCUACGAACAGACAUUCUCAGUCUGGAUGAAGCGGGCUCAGUUCGGGCCCCAUGAUUGGCUGUCUCUGCCGGUGCCGCCAGGCCCCAACUGGCUGCUGGUGGAUGGGUUGGAGCCUGAGACAGCUUAUCAGUUCAGUGUCCUGGCACAGAACAGGCUGGGCAGCAGCGCCUUCAGCGAGGUGGUCACUGUGAACACUUUAGCAUUCCCGAUCACAACUCCAGAACCCCUGGUGCUUGUCAGCCCACCACGGUGCCUCACAGCCAACCGGACGCAGCAGGGUGUGCUCCUGUCAUGGCUGCCCCCAGCCAACCACAGCUUCCCCAUCGACCGCUACAUCAUGGAGUUCCGUGUGGGUGAGCGCUGGGAGACCCUGGACGACGCCAUCCCAAGCACUGAUGGCGACUUCUUUGCCAAGGACCUGUCCCAGGAUACCUGGUACGAGUUUCGGGUUCUGGCCGUCAUGCAGGAUCUCGUCAGUGAGCCCAGCAACAUUGCCGGUGUCUCCAGCACAGACAUCUUCCCGCAGCCUGACCUGACUGAUGAUGGCCUUGCCCGCCCGGUGCUGGCUGGCAUCGUGGCCACUAUUUGUUUCCUGGCGGCCGCCAUCCUCUUCAGCACCCUGGCUGCCUGCUUUGUAAACAAGCAACGCAAGCGUAAGCUCAAGCGCAAAAAAGACCCUCCACUCUCCAUCACUCACUGCAGGAAAAGUCUAGAGUCUCCCCUGUCCUCCGGCAAGGUGAGUCCUGAGAGCACUCGCACGCUCCGGGCUCUGUCCGAAUCCUCUGAUGACCAGGGCCAGCCAGCUGCCAAGCGGAUGCUGAGCCCCACGCGGGAGAAGGAGCUGUCGCUGUAUAAGAAGACCAAGCGGGCCAUCAGCACCAAGAAAUACAGUGUGGCCAAGGCUGAGGCCGAGGCGGAAGCCAGCACACCCAUCGAGCUCAUUAGCCGCGGCCCUGAUGGUCGUUUCGUCAUGGACCCAUCCGACAUGGAGCCGUCCGUGAAGAGCCGGCGCAUUGAAGGCUUCCCCUUUGCUGAGGAGUCUGACAUGUACCCAGAGUUCCGUCAGUCAGAUGAGGAGAAUGAGGACCCGCUGGUGCCCACAUCCGUGGCUGCCCUCAAGGCGCAGCUGACCCCUCUGUCGUCCAGCCAGGAGUCCUACCUGCCACCACCUGCAUACAGUCCUCGCUUCCAGCCCCGCAGCCUGGAGGGCCGGCUGCAGGCCACGGGCCAGGCCCGGCCGCCUGCGCCCCGACCCUUCCACCACGGCCAGUAUUACGGCUACCUGAGCAGCAGCAGCCCCGGUGAGGUGGAGCCACCACCCUUCUACAUGCCUGAGGUGGGAAGCCCCCUGAGCUCUGUGCUGUCCUCCCCACCUCUGCACAGUGAGGGGCCUUUCGGGCACCCCACCAUUCCUGAGGAGAAUGGGGAGAACGCGUCCAACAGCACUCUACCACUGACUCAGACUCCCACGGGCGGCCGCUCACCUGAGCCCUGGGGCCGGCCCGAAUUCCCCUUCGGGGGCCUGGAGGCACCAACCAUGAUGUUCCCUGCUCAGCUGCACCCCUGCGAUGUCCCCGAGAGCUUGCAGUCCAAGGGCUGCCUCCCACGAGGCCUACCACCUGGCCCUCUGCAGGUGCCUGCUGCCUACCCAGGCAUCCUGUCUCUGGAGGCACCUAAGGGCUGGGUCAGCAAGUCCCCGGGCCGUGGCCCUGUCCCUGUGCCCACAGCGACGACCGCCAGCAAGUGGCAGGACAGACCUAUGCAGCCGCUGGUGGGCCAGGGGCAGCUGCGCCACACCAGCCAGGGCAUGGGCAUCCCCGUGCUGCCUUACCCUGAGCCGGCUGAGCCAGGGGCGCUUGGCCUGGACACGCGGUGGUAUGAGCCCCAGCCUCGGCCCCGGCCCAGCCCCCGGCAGGUCCGGCGCCCCGAGCCCAGUUUACAUCAAGUGGUGCUACAGCCCGCCCGGCUCUCGCCUCUGACCCAAAGUCCCCUAAGCUCGCGCACCAGCUCCCCAGAGCUGGCUGCUCGCGCCCGCCCACGCCCCAGCCUCCUGCAGCAGGCCGAGGUGUCUGAGAUCACACUGCAGCCACCGGCCGCCGCCAGCUUCUCCCGAAAGUCCACGCCGCCACCUGCCCCGAGCAGCCGCAGUGGCAGCCCCAGCUUCCGGCCUGCCAUGGCCUUUACCACACUGGCCACCGGCUACCCCUCGCCGCCACCGGGGCCCCCGGAAACCCUGGAUGUGUUCGGCCAGAUGGUAUCGCCUCGGAGGACGGGGGAUGAGCUGCUCAGACCAGAGGGGCCUCCCCCACUGUUACCCCCUUCUGGAACAUUCCCGCCUGCGCCCGGGAGCACUGCUGCGCCUGAGAGGCUGGAGGCCCUGAAAUACCAGCGGAUAAAGAAGCCCAAAAAGACACCCAAGGGCUCCUCAAAGUCCAAGAAACGAUCCGACGGUUCUGCCUCCCAGAUGCAGCAGCUUCCAAACUCCCAGGUCCUGUCACCCGAUGAGGCUGUUUCCCUCCGGAAGAAGAAGAGACACCCCCGUCCGGACCCCUUUGCCCGUCUCUCAGACUUGUGCCACCGGCAGCUCCCAGAAGACCAGACGGCCAUUCUCAACAGCAUGGAUCAGGAUGACCCCGGCCACGCCACCCUGCUGUGACCCCUGCAGUGAGGAGGCUGGUCAGGGACCUUGUCUUCCUUAGAUCUUGGUUCCGCCGCACCCCUCUCAACCCUGGACACUGGCCUGCUGACACCAGUGCCAGGCCAGAGGGUAGAGGUAGGGAAGUAACAGGGUUUGUGGGAGUCCCUGUCUCCUCCCGUGGCCCUUAUUCCUGGGCGGCUCCAUCUUCACUCCAGUAGGCAAGCGCUGGAAAACUGCUUUUCCUGCCACUCACAUCUUGGAAGGGAGCUAGCCUUGCACACCUUGUCUUCCAGACUUGACGUAAAUUGAGAGCUUGUGGUCCCAGCUCCUGGUGGUAGUCGAGGUUCUUAGUGUGCAUCUCUGUGCACAUGAAGCCCAGGGUAGCUGGCCGUUCAACCACAGAGGAAGACAGGGCCCUAGUUUGGGGCUGGUGACCAUCACCCUGCCCAAAACAGGGUCCCUCCUUCCUAACCAACCUCCUCCCUGUGUCUCUUUCUGUCACCCAUGCAGAGCUAAAGUGGGGGGCCACGACAGCUGGCUGCCCACUUUGGGGCUUCUGCAAGGGGUCAGUGCACC